CAAAUUCUCUCCGAAAGUUGAACCGUGCGGACGUAUCGCGCGUGCCGCGUAGAAGAUACACACAUCCCAUAGAUACAAUUUCCCUAGCUCGUAGGUGGUGUGUAUUGCAGCAGAAGCUGGCUUUUCGCUGCUGCGCUCAGCGCUCUCCCAUUAGCCGUUGCCGCUGCUGUCCGCGAGAGCGAGCGUCUCUCGCCCGAACUGUGUGUGGAGCUGUGUGAAAAUUCAAUAAAACAAAGAGCCGAGCGCGACUACUGACCAAGUGAAAAUCGGUUCGCAAUUCCAAUUGCCAGGCUCUGGAGAGAAAUUAAUAAGACGGAAUAAUAGAACUGCAAAAAGCAUAAAGAAACUGAGUGCUGAGUGUUCGUGUGCGUGUGCAGAAUUUGGUGUAUACCUUGAACGAGCGCUGUGCGAGUGUGUGUGUCUCGCGUGUCGCGGCCCAAAGUGCGGCUCGCUAGCUUGAUUCGCAAUUAAUUAAUAUCAAUCAAAUGUGUAAGAAAUACAACGACUUUGUCUGGUUUGCUGCAAAAGUGUCUACUAAGCCCCAAUAACUUGCCGAGGGGGGAUUGCCACAGAGGCUCUGUGGGGAGCGAGGACGGCGGAGAGACCAGAGAGUCCCUGAGAGAGGAGGGCUUACCAACACAAACAAAGCGGCAGGCGCAAUAUAACGGUGCAAACGGUGGUGGAGCCAUACAACAGCAACAACAACAAUGCUGAGAAGGCUGCGACUUUAGCUCGACUCUCCAAAUUUUUUGCAUUUGCGCAGAACCGAGGCGAAUUCGCCACUUCGCCGCAGCUGCUGUGUGUGAGAGAGUGUGUGUGUGUGUUUGGAAACACCUUGCUCCAAUAUUUUUCCCCCGAUUUUCCCCGAUUCUGCGAUUGCGAACAGCACGACCGCACGACCAACGGCGUCGCCAUCGUCUCAGUCUCAGUUUCGGUUCGCUUCGUGUGCUUUCUGUUGGCUGCCCUGCAGCGGAAAAUUGGACGAAAAAUCAUAGCAGCAGCACCAUAUAGCCAGCAGAAGAGGCAGAAACUCCCAAAAGGAAAAAAAAGGGAAACAAAAACGAAUUGUAAAUUUUCCAAUGCUGGUUGGCUGCGUUUCGCACGCGAUUCCCCCUUUUACUGCAUUUUCGUUGGAGACAACACGAAGAACGGGUAAAACCAGGAGAACGGGUAGAACGCUAAAGAAGAAGAGCAGCUCCAACAUUGUCGCCGUGCCGUCGACGCCGACGUCAGCGUCAGCGUUAGCGUCGCUGCAGCGCCGCAGCAUCAUCAGCUAGCCAUGAACUACAACUACAACUAUAGCUGCAGAUACAGCAACAACAUUGAGAGCCCCAACAGCAACAACAACGAAAGCAUAGAACAGGACACGAAGCAGCAGAAGCAGCAGGAGCAGGAGCAUCAACAUCCGAUGCAGGCGACAGCAAGGACAGCGGGCUCCAGCUCCAGCUCUAGCUUCACGUCCACGUCCACAUCCACAUCCACAUCCAAGACGAGAGCAGGAACAACGUCGUUAAUCUAUUUACCGCCUUUCUGCUAUCCAUGUAAGCAUGUGCCUGCGGCCGGUGCUAGGAUCCAGAGUCGAAGCCGGAGUCAGGGCCAGACAUUGGACCACGGCAGCUGCUGUUCCGUCUGUCCGACCGGCUGGGAACAUAAAAAUUAUGAUAAACAUGCUUCAGCGGCAACGUUGACACCGGCAACAACUACUACAGCCGCAACCACAACAGGACCUGCAGCGGCAACAAUGUCCUCCUCGGCAUCCACCUCCUCCUUGUGGACUGGUAAAUUCCUGCAGGCGAGUAUUCAGUUACCCGCGGCCGCAGCGGGCCAUAGCUGCACCGAUCUCCGGCAGACGUCGCAAUUAGUUAUGCCCACAAUGGCUGCUGGCGAGGAUGGCGCGGAUGUAGCCAUUGCCGGCGGUGUCUUGGAAUGCGGCGGCAAGCGAUGCUGGCGACGUGAGCGAAUGCGGCGCGAACGACCAAGUCAUGCGUCUGCGGCAUCACCGCUGCUGGCCCAGGUGAAUCCAAUCAGCACUAGCCCAGCAUCAACAACAGCAACAACAACAACAACAAUGGAGACAGCAGCCGAACUACUAGGAGCUGUGGCAAUAGGAGCCACAACAUCCCACAACCCAGGAGGUGGUAGCAACGCGCAGCACAGUUCGCAAACAACGACAACGGCAAGGGGCACAACUGGCGCAGCAUUGCCGCAUGAUGAUGAGGAGGAGUAUGAUGAAUGUAGGUGCUUUAACUAUAACGGUGAUAUUAGUCUGGAGCGACGAUGGGGAGAGGCCGCGCAACUUUCCGGCAUUACGUGGCUGAUGUUCUUGUGGCAGCAUCUGCUGCCGGGCAAUGGAAACAAGACCCGCUCCCACAAUCACUCCCACUCUGAAUCCAACAACAGCAGCAGCAGCAACAGCAGCAACAGCAGCUCUAUGUUCCCAGCGGCGAAAACAAGUGGGAGGAGUAGGAGCACCACCACCAUGACAUCGACAAAAAGCUGGCUGGGACCGCUACUAAUGCUGCUUUUGGCCACGUCCGUCAGCGGCUGGGGCGGUCGGCAAGAUGCGCCCACAAAUUGCACGUUUCCGGCCCGAUGGGAGGGCUCCUGGUUCCUGUCCGGCUAUCAACAAUCCAUACACAUCAAGGGCUCGCAGUUCAGCUAUCGCGGCAGGUGUGCGGCCUCCGAUGGUAACAAAUAUCUGAUUGUCGACGAGAAAGGAUGUCAUCGUUGCCUGGUUAUCUAUGAGAAGCAUAAAAAUGUGCUCCAAUAUAAAGAAAGUGAGUGCGAAGGUGAUAGUAUGUAUAUGCAUCAGUCGAACCCAUCUGCACUGGCGAUGCGUAGCUCUAAUAAACAAAGUGAUCAUAGGGGGGGAGCUCAUCCCAAUACGAACGGGCAUUCAAGACUAUCUUCAUCGGAUCAGUACAUAAUGAGAUCCAAUGACGAUAUGAAUGAUUGUCCCCCAGACUUUUGCAAGGGCCGUGAGACUUUACAGAAUCUCUGCGACCAAAUCCCGGGCGAUGCCCUGCUCUAUUCGCUAUUCCGGGAGAGCGCCGAGCCGGUCAAGUGUCCGCUGAAGGGACCCUUCAUCUUCACGUAUAAUCGUGGCCAUGGGGAGUGCAAGUCGCCGGUGUCCAACAUUGAGAGCUGCACGGAGGAGAGUCGCCUCCUUUUGAGCUUCCAGGCCUGUCCCGAUGUCCAGGGCACCGAGAGUACGGUCGAGGAGCUGACAUGCCUGGCGACCUGGAAGGAUGGCAACUCACGCUAUUUGGUGGGCCUGGUCUCGCACCAUCAUGCCAUUUCGAACGAGGAGCGCUAUCGCUGCUUUGUCUACGAGAAAAUCUCCUCGCUUAUGGGCGGCCCCAGCGUUCUCAGCUCGAAGGAUGCCGAAUAUAACCUGGCCCAAUCCGGCGACGCCACUUGCAAUGGCUUAGACAGUGCCGAGGUUGGCUCACGUAUAAUGUCACUGCGAAAACCGCCAGUAGCCGAGCGUUGCAACUUCCCGGCCUGGUUCAAAGGUCCACGCCACUGGCAUGCCCUCAUGGGCAAUGCCGUCUACAAUUAUCAUUCCAACGACGGGUCCGUGCACAUUAUUAAGCCCAACGGCUAUAUGGAGACACGUGCGCUGUGCGAGCAGAUAAAUAAACAGACCUCGACCGAAAUGAUGGCCGUGGUGCACUACACGACCGGGUGCCAAUCGGGAUUCAUGUGCAUGAUGUUCUACCGCCGGGACACGUUCGUCAUCGAGAUACAGACGGGCAAGCCGGCCAUUCGCCUGGAGGAUGCCUGUGCACCGGAUCACUUUGACAUUAAUAAGAUGCCCUACAUUACCUUGCUGGCAAGCAAUCCCGACCUAGCCAUGUGUCCAAUGGAGGGCAUCUAUACGCUGCGCGGCGCCAUCGGGCCGCCGUAUCUGGCCACGCGCCACAAGCGCAAUCACAACGGCAAGUCCCAUUUGGGCCACGGACAUCAUCACCACGAGAGUGCUGACUCGGGCAGUUUCGGUCAUAAAGGGCACAGUUCGCUGAGUUUCCGGAAUGCGGAGCGAAUGGAACGGGGCUCGUGGCAUGCCAAUACUCGAGGCCUCCCUGUUCGCAGUCGACGCAACGCGCCCAAGGAUCCGCAAGAGGAGGAACAGCAGCAGCAAGCCUUGGUCCUGGAAAAGACCAAUAGCAGUGAUACGAGCGUGGGCUUCGUGGCCGCACGGAAUCGACGGGAUGUACCCGGUUGUGUGCCCAACUACAAUGCCCAGCGCCAGCUCUGGAUAGGAUGUACCGCAGAGAACUUGAUCGACGUUAGUCCGCUGUGCAGCGUGGACGGAGAAGAGGAAUACUCCUGUCAUGGGUCCUGGAGCGAAAACAGCACUUUCUACGUGAUCGCUCGCCACAAGGGUAGCAAGCAUGGUGUGUGUCUCACCUACCGACCCACGGAGGGCACAUCUGCCAAGCUAGUUGUGGGUGACGCCUGCUAUCGGGGCACACAGAAGCCACCCGAGCAUCACCUGGUGGCCAACCUUUCCGUUUUGGGCAAAUGUGGUGAGACUGGCUCGAGUGCCGCCCAGACUCAUCGACUGGUCGAUGGGCUGCUCCUAUUGGCGAUAAUGGCCACAUGGCUGCACCUGCACAGCUGAGGGGCGACGGUCAGGAAGUACAACAGCUCCGGAUAGGCAGAUAGACGAGCGUGACAAGCCAAAGCGCAAUCACUAAUUCCCGAAAGAAACCAAAUCCCAUUAUGAUCAUGUAUACAAGACACAUCACAAGACUUAUUGUAUAUUUCGUGUAGUAUGUGUAAGGCGUAAUCGAAACUCUUCGCACGGGUUUGGCUGUAUAUAAUGUAUUGUUUUUUUUCUUAUUAAUGCUACACACUUUUGUUUAGUUCUAAGUGCUUUAAAAAUAAACAAGAUUCGAUAUAAAUUAA